AUGGACACGGUUCAGGCAAGUCAAAAUCUGUGUGCUGAUGGACACGGUUCAGAACCUGGUCAACUGUCUUUCGCUUCUUACUAUGGUCAUCAUAUGGUAUUACAACGCGCCCCACAGCGAGCAAUUGUGUGGGGCUACGCCUCUCAACCCCAGGGGUCGGUUACCCUGAAUGUGACAGGUGCUGGUAUGGGAGGAGGUGUAUACACUUCACCCGUGUCUCCUUCUCCAGAAGUUGGAGGGGUUUGGAGCGUCACCCUCCGUCCUGUAAAUGACACUAAGUCUUACACCCUGAGGCUGACUGGCCCCGGUGGCACUGCAGUGCUGGAUGAUGUCUUGUUCGGAGAUGUUUGGCUGUGCGCUGGACAAAGCAACAUGCAGUUCACCGUGAAUAUGUCCUAUAACGCGUCUGACCAGGUGGACGAUGUUGCCAACUACACCGAUAUCCGUUUGUUUACGGCACAAGAAGCCACAUCGCGAGUUGCGCUUAGGGAUCUGAAGGCCGUAUUGGAGCCCUGGUCCAUUCCCAGUAAUGCAUCACUGGAGGGAAAGGCGUUCACCUACUUUUCCGACCUGUGUUGGCUGUAUGGCAGGUAUCUAUACGACUAUCUCGGUUACCCGAUUGGCUUGAUUGAUACCACGUGGGGCGGAACUGCUAUCGAGCAAUGGACGUCAACAGCUGUACUGAAGAAAUGCAACGUCAAACUCAAACCCCUCCACGAUUCGGAAAUUUGGAAUGCCAUGGUCACUCCAUUCGCAAGUCUGUCACUGUAUGGAGCUAUCUGGUACCAAGGCGAAUCCAAUGCCGCCGAGCCCGAUACGUACAAUUGUACGUUCCCGGGAAUGAUUGAAGAUUGGCGCCAUUAUUUCUCAUCCCACAGUGACACCAGGUCAGAUUUUCCCUUCGGCUUUGUGCAGUUGGGUGCCUUUCGGAACGAUUCCAGUAUCUCCACUGGAUUUCCUGACAUUCGUUGGCACCAGACUGCUGACGUAGGAUAUGUUCCGAACAACCGGAUGCCGAACACUUUCAUGGCGGUGGCGAUGGAUUUACCCGACUUUAAGUCUCCCUGGGGAAGUAUCCACCCCCGGGAUAAGGACACAGUGGCCCGCCGACUCGUGAUGGCGGCAAUGUCAGUAGCAUAUAACCUGACACUGGGACAAUUCCAAGGACCUUUUCCCGAGUCUUUUCAGAUAGAUAGUGGCUAUAUGACGCUCUACGUUCGGUACGGCUACGCAGAUCUGGCGCCAGUACGAUCCAAUAAAGGGUUCGAGGUGAUUUGCUCUCCUUUCGGUAAAUACUCCAGUACUGACCAGAUCCACGAUGACGCGGUCUGGUCCUCUGUGCCCAUUAUCCAAUCAGAUGGUAAACAUAGCUUUGACACUUUCAGAAAACACGUUGAUCCAUUUUAUAAUCGAUACCGACAAGAUGGUAAUACAGAACUUGUUACAGAAAAAUACACGUGGAUCAUACCGACAAGAUGGCACAGAACUUGUUAA